GCCAUUUUGCUGUUAUUACAGUGGUCGCAUUAUCUUUCGUCAACAAUGUAACGUUUCAAGUGAAAUGUUUGAUGGUUUUUGUGUAUGUUUGUGAUGUUUUUUAUCAGUUUUGAGACUCGGUGAUAAAACCAGGAUUAUGGAGGAGUCCAACGAGGACCUCAAUGUCGUCCCCGAACUCUACUUUCUGAUAGCGAAAUUUCUCUCCGGGGGCCCGCUUAAAGAGACUGCAAAGACACUGUUGAAAGAGUUGCAGAGUGUAGACGUCCUGCCUCGACGGCUUGACUGGGAGGGCAGCGAGCAUCCCCAAUCUUUCAACGAAUUGAACUCCCAAUACUCAGAGGUGUCAUGGCGGCGGCUCGCCGCCGUGUGCGAGCGCGCGCUGCGUCUCGCGCGCGCCGCCCCCGCGCGCAUAGACAACGAGCCGGUGCUCAACGCGCGCUUGUCUCUGCUCAGCGAGUCGCUGGUGCGCCCGCGGCUCAGGUACGCGUCGCACAAGCAGGACCAUACGCUAGUCCGGCGGUUAAUAUGCCGCGAGCUGGGUGGUGGGCCCCGAGGCCCCGCAAAUGGCGCGGGCCCCGUGUGCGCCACGGGCCGCGGGGGCCCGUUCCCCGCGCGCCUGCUGCGGGGCCUCCAGCUGCAGCGGCGCACGCUCGGCCACUUGUCGGCCGUGUACUGUCUGGUGUUUGACUCCACUGGGAAAUAUGUUGUUACUGGCGCCGACGACCUGCUGGUGAAAGUGUGGAGCGCCAUCGACGGGCGGCUGCUGGCGACGCUGCGCGGCGCGGGCGCGGAGAUCACCGACGUGUCCAUCUCCAGCGACGGCGCGCUGCUGGCCUGCGGCUCGGUCGAGCGGCUCGUGCGGGUGUGGUGUCUGGCCACCGGCGCCCCGCGGGCCGUGCUGCACGCGCACGCGGGCACCAUCACCUCGGUGCACUGGGCGCCGCCCGCGCACUCGGACGUGCGCUGGCUCGCGUCCACGUCCACGGACGGCUCGGUCGCGUUCUGGACGUGCUCCACCGACGGCCAGUUCCUCUCGCAGCCCGUGCAGUACGUGGAGCGCAUGCGCCCCGGCGCCUGCCACAUGAUCUGCGCGGCCUGGUCCUCCGGCGGUGCGUUCCUCGCGUGCGGCAGCGCGGACCACCACGUGCGCAUCUACUCGGUGUGCGCCGGCGGGCCGCGCCGCGUGCUCGAGACGGCCGUGCACCUCGACGCGGUCGACAGCAUCGCGUGGGCGCACCGCGGCCUCAGAGGCACGCAGUUGCAGACACAACACGUGACAAUGGUUUGCUGGGACUGCAGCGACGAGUAUGUUAUGACCGCUGUCUCGGAUAACACUGUUAGGGUGUGGUGCGCGCGCACGUGCACGCAGGUGCGCGCGCUGUGCGGGCACCGCGACGAGGCGUACGUGCUGGAGGCGCACCCGUUCGCGCCCGCCGUGCUGCUCUCCGCCGGACACGACGGCCAGCUGUUCGUGUGGGACGCCGCCUCGGGGGAGGUGCUCGCCCAGUUCCACAACGUGAUAGAGGGCCAGGGGGAGGGGGCGAUAUUCGACGCGAAGUGGGGGGGCGGGGACUCUAUAGCCGCGUCCGACUCGCACGGCCACGUGCUGCUGCUGGGGCUGGGCAGGGGGCACCGGCUGCUGGCCCAGCUGCCCACCGAGCUGUUCUUCCACACGGACUAUCGGCCGCUGGUCCGCGACGCGCUGGGCGGCGCGCUGGACGAGCAGACGGAGAUCCCGCCGCACCUGAUGCCGCCGCCCUUCCUGGUGGACGUGGAGGGCGCGCCGCACGAGCCGCAGCACCAGCGCCUCGUGCCCGGCCGCGAGAACCUGGCGCUGGCGCAGCUCGUGCCGCACGCGGACGCGGCGCGCAGCCGCCUCGACGCCAUGAUCGCGGCGCUCGCGGCCGACCCCGCCACGCCGCCCGCGCACCCGCCGCCGCACCCGCAGCCCGCCGGCGUGUGGCGCGGCGAGGGCGUGCGCCACACGGCGGGCACGUGGCAGCCGCUCGACGUGCCGCUCAGCACGCGCCCCGUCGUGCUGCCGCUGCCGCCCGCGCACCGCGACCGCAUCGAGCGCGCCAGUUCGGAGCUGAACAGCCUCGAGAUGGCGUGGUACCGGCGCGAGAUGCGGCGCCGCCCCCUCAUGAUAUCGACGGCGGGGGGCGAGGGCGCGGCGCGCAGGAAGCCGGGGCGGAGGCCCCGCGCGCCCGCGCCCAGGGCGAGGCCCCAGCCGCCGCAGCCUGCGCACGCGGAGGAGCGGUCCGAAGCGGACGCGGAGCCGGACGCGGAAGCGGAGCCGGAGCCGGAGGAGCGCUCGUCGGAGCAGUCCGCGUCCGACAGCAGCACGUCGGACGAGUCGGUGCGGCUCUCGUCGCGCUCCUCGCGCAGCUCGCCCGCGCCGCCGCGCCCGCGCCGCGCCCGCCCCGCGCGCCCCGCGCGCCGCGCCCGCAGCGACUCAUCCCAUUCGCCCAGUAAGAGUGACAGGUACAGCCCGGGCGCGGCGGCGGCGAAGCGCGGCGGCGGCGCGGAGCUGCCGGAGCAGUACCGCGUGGGCGAGUGGCUCACGGCCGUGGCGCCGCGCAAGGCGCCCUACCACCCGCAGAUGGGCGACCGCGCCGUCUACUUCCGCCUCGGACACCAGCGUUACUUCGAAGCGGUGGCCGAGAAGGACUUGUACAAAAUACACCCGAGGGACAAACCGUGGGAGAGGAUGCAUAUCAAUGAAUGCGAAGCCGUGAAGGUGGUCGGCAUGAAGUACACGAUCAAGCCGCCGCGCGUGGUCUGCCUGAAGCUGGCGCGCGAGCUGGAGCGCGGCAGCUUCACGGUGCGCUACCACGACAUGCCCGACGUCAUCGACUUCCUGGUGCUGCGCCAGCAGUACGACGCGGCGGUGGCGCGCACCUGGGGGCAGGGGGACAGGUUCCGCUGCAUGAUCGACGACUCGUGGUGGACGGGCACGGUGCUGGAGCGCGUGGGCGGCGCGGCGCCCUGCACCAGCGAGUGGGCCUCCGCCGCGGCCGCCCACUUCCUGUCGCUGCGCGUGCAGUGGGACAACGGCGAGGUGGAGAGGUUGUCCCCCUGGGACCUCGAGCCGCUGGAUCCCGAAAGGCUGCCGGCGGAGCCGGGCGGCGCGGUGGCCGUGCUGCCGCACGAGCUGGAGGCGGCGCUCUGCCGCGCCGGCGCGCACGAGUGGCCGCCGCACGCCUGCCGCGCCAUCGCCGCGCACAUCUCGCAGGUGAUGUCGCUGUCGGUGGCCGAGCCGUUCGUGGCGCCUGUGGACCUGCAACUGUACCCCUCGUACGCAAUGGUCGUGCCCUACCCCGUGGAUCUGGCCACCAUACGCGCCAGGUUCGAGAAUUUGUUCUACCGGCGUCCGGCGGCGGCGCAGUUCGACGCGCGCUACCUGGCCAGCAACGCGGAGCAGUUCAACGAGCCGCACACGCCGAUCGUGCGGCAGGCGCGGCUCGUCACCGACCUGCUGCUCUCCAUCAUCAGCAACUGGCAGUCGAUAGACGUGGUGAGCAAGUACCACGAGCUGGCUGCGUCCUAUCACUCGUCUGAUGAUGAGUCGCUGCACGAUAAGAAGCGCGUGCGCAGCGCGAGCGAAGCGGGCGCGUGGCGGGAACGCGUCGCGGCGCUCGUGAGCGAGCUGGCCGCCGCCGCCGACGCCGAGCCCUUCCGCCAACCCGUAGAGCUCAGCCAGGCGCCUGACUACCCGUCGGUGGUGACGUCGCCGAUGGACCUGGGCACGGUGCAGCGCAAGCUGGCGCGCGGCGAGUACGGCGGCGCGGCCGAGGUGGCGGCCGACGUGCGCCUCGUCUUCGCCAACAGCCGCCUCUACAACACCAACAAGCGCAGCCGGAUAUACUCGAUGACGGUGCGGCUGUCGUCGCUGUUCGAGGCGCUGUGGGCGCGCGUGCCGCCCGACACGCGCCGCGCGCGCCGCGCCCGCCGCGCGCGCCGCCGCCGCGACACCGCGGAAACAAACGGUGACGUGGCAACCAAGCACGCGUCGUCCAGCUCCGAGUGCGAGACGCUCGCGGUCGCGUCGCGCCGCGCCGCGCGGGCGGAGCGGGCGGGGCGGGAGCGGCGGCGGGACGACUCGUGGGACAGCGACGCGCCGCUCAAUGCGCACACCAAGGGUAAAGGAGUGGGCAAGAAGAGCAAGGGCGGCCCCGUCGCGAGCACGUCGGCCCGCGUGCCGCCCACGUUCGUGGCGACGAAUGGAAUAGAGACGGACUCGGAGCGCGAGCACAAGCUUGAGGAGGUCCCGGACGGAAGCAGUUCCGACUCGAGCGCGUACUCGCGGAUACAGGUGGUGGAGGAGGAGCUGGCGGAAGACGAGGUGGAGGUGACGUACGAGCCGUCGCCGCGCGCCCGCCGCCACACGCGCUCGCAGAGCAAUUCACGCAAGCGUCGGCGCGCGCGCAGCUCGGGCAGCUCGGCCGGACACCGGCCCGUUAACCGACCGCACAAACGAACGCGCGAACGCUUCACGGACGGCUCGCUGUCCUCGUCGUCGUCUGGCUGGCAGUCUGGCUGGCGGUCUGGCGGCAGGUACGAGUCGGACCGCUCGUACCACCCCGGCUACUCCACCGAUGACGAGACGCCGCUGCUCCUGUACAGGCAAAGGCAAGAAGGGGAAGUUGAGGCUGGUCCUUCGAGGCGGCCGCAGCAGCACCGGAGCGGCGGCGUGAGCCUGCGCAAGCGCCGCAGCCCGCGCCGCUACAACGAGGACAGCGAGGACGACUCCAUCGCGGCCAUCAGCAAGCGCCAGCAGCGGCGCCACCUCCCGCCGGGCCCCAGCGCGCCGCUCGGCCGCGCGCCGCACACCAACGACCACAACUACUUCAACGGCCACGCGCCGCACCACAACGGGGGUUCCCCGCCCUCGGGGGGCUCGCCGGGCCCCGGGCCGGUGUCGAUCUCGUCGCGGGGCCGCGUGCGCCGGCUCACCGCCAAGGCGCGGGGCCUGCUGCGCGAAUAAUACAGGGCCUUCGAGAGGGGGCUGCGGGGGUUGGCCAGCCCCUUGUUCAUAUCGUAUCGGGGCCGCGUUAAGCGGCUCGCGCAACCGGACGAUUGUGUGGACUCGUCGUGAGGGCGACCCCUAAGUGGGGUCGGAACCCAUAAGUGAUCGUCUUCAGUGUGUGCGAAUUGAAACCCCUAAGUGAUUGUGUUCAAUAGAUCGUGACUAGUGCGUAGGGCUUGGAGCCCCUGUGUGUUCAGUGUUUGUGUUUGGGGGUUGGGAGUCGUUGUGUUGUCAGAAAGGACACUUGUAUGUACAUGUAAUAGUGUUUUGUAAGUUAUUUAUAGGUGUAGAUAUCGAAAUCGAUUUUUUGUUUAUUGUAUUGUGUAAAUGUUGUUGAUUCUGGAGUCUGACCCCCCGGUGAAAGGUGUUUCGAGGUUCGAGAGUGUCGAUUUUGAAACUAAACUCGUAUGCUCGUAUGCAAUAGUCUAAAAUCUCCGCGUUUGCACUUAGUACAUUAUAAAUGAAUUUAAUUUAUUAAUUGAAGACUUCCAACGGUUUUUGAACGCGAUUUAUGCAUAAUAUUAUUCAGGCACAUAAAACCGAAAGUGUAGAAGAAAUUCGAUUACUGUGGCGGGAUCACGGGUGGCUGAGAGGCUAGACGUUGCUACGGUUUGGAAAAAACGCGGAUUCGAAUCCCGUCUCGUGGUCAAAUUUUUUUCUAUUCUUUCAAAAUUUCUCAUUUAUAAAGCAUUUCAAUGCUAUAAAACUAAAAAUUAAAUCAAUUACUAUUGUUAGCAAAAUGGGAUAUAACUAUAAUGUAAUAAAGUUUUUUAAUGUUGUCUCUUCUAUUUUUUUCGCGAAGGUGUAUAGUUUUUUCCAUUUAUUAAGUGUACGAAGUGCAGGCAGUGAGUUAGGCGAUUCGGUAUUCAUUAGGUGUCGUCCACUAAAUUAAGGGUUGUUGUGUAACGCUGUUUACACUAACAUAGUUAUGUAUUGUACAAUUGUGAUAUGUCAGUUGUAGGGUCGGGGGUCGAGUGGCCCUGCGAGGGGUUGUAGGGCCUUCUCUAAAAAAUGUCUUGGAUAGUUGCCAUUAUUGAAGUUAUUUGACUACACUUCUACAGUAAUAUUAUGAAGAAUUUGUAUUUUUGUUUGUUUGUUUGGAAAAACUCAAAAACUACGGGAUUGAUUUUAAAAACUCUUUCACCAUUAGAUAGCUACAACUUCACUGAGUGACAUAAGCUAUAUGUACACCACGGGCGAAGCCGGGGCGAGCAGCUAGUGGUUCAAUAAAGUCAUACUUAUUUGAAAGUGUUAAUACAAUUUUUUGAGGGUACUUUUUCAAAUGAUAGCAAUUGCGUUCAGUAUGUUGAAGGUUUUGAUUAGUGACAUAUUUUUAUGGGAUAGAUAUAAAUUUAUCCCAUAAAUAAUCCCGUAUGGGAUUUAUGACUUGCAACGUAAUAUACAUAUAAAUUUAUAUCUAUCACAUAGUCCCGUAUGGAAUUUAUGACUUCAAUGUAAUAAAUUGAAUUUCCUAUAUAUAAUAUUACAAUAACACGUAAAAUGUAUUUGUUUUGACGAUAAACUGUUAUUAAUUACAGCCCUUUAUGUGAAUUAUGUUUAUUAUACUAUAUAUUUAAUUAUAUUGACAUUGUAAUUUUAAGUUACGUACAUAAUGUGAGUCGGCUGAAUAUAAAAAUAACUGAAUAUAAGUUUAUCCGUUUACAUAUUUUCUAUGUGGAGUUAAUUUAAUUCAGUUAUAUAUUAAAUGAUAGAAAUGUGAUAAUUCUUUUUUUUGUUUUUAUGUAUAGUAAAAUGCUUUUUACAAAAAACAUAUUUGUUUAAUGAAAACAUGGUUUAAUCGGAUUUUUACCUGUUUUAACAUGCUUUUAUUAACUUCACCUGUUUGUUUUUUUAUGUAAUCGACUCGUUUAGACUCGAUUUUGACCAACUAAAGGGACAUAUUUAUCUUAUUAUCCUGACUAGGAUCGCCGCAGAAAAAAUUCCUUAUGUGUACUCUGUAUAAGAGCAACGAAAGACGAUUCAAUCAGUUCUAUGCUGAGAACGUGUUUCUUUUUUAGAUUUUUUUAACUGUAUGCAAGAAUGACCCCUCGUUGGAAACUAGGGACGGACAAAAAUUUGUAAAAAAAUAUAACAUAAGUUAAUUGUGAUGUUUAUUGAUAAGAAUUAUGUAAAAAAAAAUCGGCUCAAUAUAAGUACUGUAUGUAUGACACUGGUUUAUCCACCUAACGGCUGUAGCGUUUCUGGUGAGAUUUAGUAGCGUAGCAGCGAUAGUCACCGAAUUUAUUUAGGUUACACUUUGAUUUAGGUGCUCGGGUGUUUAUCGAUUGUAUAUAAAAUUUAAAUGAUUGAAUGAUAGUUAGUAAUAUUUUUUCUUUUUAUUUUUGUAUAAGCACGUGAAACAGUGUCAAAUAUUGUACGUUUUUUUUUAAUAAUUUGUAAAAACCGGCAUGUGCAGGGUGUCUCCCGUCAAAUUACCGAUAAUUCGAUCAUUAAUUAUGAUUAAAUAUAAUAAAACCGAUUCAAAUCGCGAUUUAUUCAUUGUUCAAUUCAACUCUAAACUGUAUCUUUGAUAUUUUUGUUAUUGAAAUCUCUAUUUUCACACAAGAAUAUGGUUUAAAUCGGUUCAAGUGAAGGUCGCACUCGCGAUACCAAGUAGGUUUCGUAUUAUGAAACUUUAUAAUAAGAAACGGAUAAGAAAAAUGGUCACCCAUCCAAUUUAUGACCGUGGCAACCGUUGCUUGACUUAGAUUUAUUAUUAUCUAUUAUUAUAAUGUCAACAGAACAGUGUCGCUGAAAGUGAUGACGUGAUGACAGACAGAUGAACAAACAGACAGACAGACUGACGGACGCACAUUGAAGCCUUAGUAAUAGUGUCCUAUUUUACCCUGUGAUGGAAAA